UAUUUAUUAAUUUAGAAAUUUUCUAAAGACCGCGAGAGACCGAGGGAACAAUGUUCGAACCGCAAUGUAGCGAGGGAUGACUGUAUGUCCGUCACGGGCUGAUACUACCAGAAACAAGUGCUUGCCAAACGGUGUGUGACGUAUUUGUGACAGUAGGCGUUAAGGAGUGACAGUAUCUAAUCUAAUUCCUGAUCUAAGUAUCGCCAUUGAGGCUUAACAGCUGAUAAUGGCCACUGAACAGAAGCAAUGGUGUCGUUAGUGUAACAACUUAGGGCAUGACUUCCUGUUUGUGAUGUAUGGUGGAAGUAGUUUCACAUAGAUCUUGCAAAGGUUUUUUUUUGUUGUUUUUUUUUUACCCAUCAACAUUUUUUUGCCCAUGUCCGCUCGGGGGCUCCAUACGACACUAUUAUCUAAAAUAUUGUCUCAUAUAAUAAAGGGGAGGGUGUUCGCCACCAGCCAAAUGAAGACGAUAUCAUACAGUAUCCAGUGUAUAUCUACUCCGUUUUUCAAAUUUCUCAUCACGUAUUGGAAGGGCUGGAUAACUUUAUAGGAGCAUUUCUGUGUAAUGUGUCGAAGGUGAGGAUGUUCGGCAAUCAGUUGCAGACGGCAACAAGGGCAAAGACAGGUAUACCCUAAGCCUAGUGUGUUGUUUCUUUGCACAUUGGUAGAGCUCGGUUAAGAUUGACGCUUCCACAUUCAAUAAACACUCUCAAAUAUAGCAAAUGUAAAUGCGUAUGCCCAAAUCACAACCGCAAGUCAGUGUAGGUAAAAAGAUAGUAUUUAAAAUACUGUGCAUGUGAACAAACACUCCUUUGUUGAUACAAUGAAGUAGAGCAACUUGCUGCCUACAGGCACAGUGGGCUGUGUUGUGCAUCGGAGCUGGUAGCAUAAACACAGAGCUGCUGGAGAGCUGGAAAGACAAGAUGAGGACAGUUUCUCUUCUUCUGCUGGCUUUAGUCACAGCUACAUUUGCCUUUCCUGGAGGACACCACAGCCAGCGCGCCAAGCGGGAGCUUUUGGUGCGUUCCAAAAGAAGAUGGGUUUUGUCUACCAUUGAAAUAGUUGAGGAAGACCACGGGCCGUUCCCCAAAGAAAUAUCUAAGCUGUUCAAUGAUAAGACGUAUCAACACGUUAAUCAUAAAUAUGUUAUAAGUGGAAUGGGUGUGACUGAGGAGCCCCUGGGUCUGUUCUCAGUUGAUCAACAAAGUGGGAAGGUCUACGCCCAUAAAACCAUUGACAGAGAGAAGCAUGCCUUGUUUCACAUCCAGUUUGACAUCUUGGACAGAAAUACAGGGAGAACAAUAGACAGAGAAUUGGCAUUUGAUGUAGAAGUAAAGGACAUUAAUGACAAUGCUCCAAGAUUCCUCCAUCCGCGAAUGAGUGCUGAUGUGACGGAGAACACACCAGAGGGCUACUUGCCAGUUAGGAUAGAGGUCACAGACCCUGAUGAAGCGGACACCCCAAACUCCACAGUGACCCUGAGUGUCAUAUCACAGUCCCCACAAGUCCCCAAAAUUGACUUGCACCGGAUUGACGACAGAAUGGCACAGCUUACCUUUAAAGGAUGUUUUGACUACGACAAAGUAAAGAAGUAUGAGAUAAUACUUCAAGCGAAAGAUCAUGGAAAGCCAUCCUUGUCAUCAACGGCUGUGAUCACUCUGAAUAUUAUUGACAGCAACAGUCAUCCACCAACGUUCAAAGCAAAGAAGUACCAUGGUGAAAUUCAAGAAAUGGUCACACGCGAAAAUGUUUUAAGGCUUGCAGUAGAAGACAAAGACACUCCUAAAACCCCCGGCUGGCGGGCUAAAUACUUCUUCAUCAAAGGAAAUGAAGAAAACAACUACAAAAUUGAAACUGACCCUGAGACUAAUGAGGGUAUCGUGAGUGUCAUCAAGGGGAAAGAUUUUGAGAAGCCAACUACUACAACCCUGCAGAUUGGGGUAGAGAACGAGGAACCAUUAUAUGUUUGUGGAGACGCAGCAGCUAUGAGCAGAGGCUUGCACCUUUCUAAUUCAGUUAACGUCACAAUGAAAGUGACAGAUGUCAAUGACCCUCCUGAGUUUGAAAAAGAUCCGGUUGAAAUCUUUGAGAAGGAAGAGGAGGAGCCGGGAAGGCUGCUCUACACGCCAAAGGUUCAUGAUGUCGACUCGGACAUAUCAAAAAUUAGGUUUACACUGUUAGAAGAUGCAGCUGAUUGGGUGACCAUUGACAAGAAAACAGGGCAAGUCACAACCACGAAGAAGAUGGACAGGGAGUCGCCCUUUGUUCAUGACAACAUUUAUAAAAUACUGAUCGGUGCAGUUGAUGAUGGUGAGCCUCCAGCCACAAGCACAGGCACCAUCCUUGUUCACCUCCAGGAUAUCAAUGACAACAAUCCAAAGCUGAUGAACAAUAGUGUCACAAUGUGCAGAAACAAGUUAAACAGGGUCAUGCUUGCUCCAAAGGAUCUGGACUUACAUCCUUACAGCGGGCCCUUCACCAUCUCACUGAAAAGUGAAGAUGCAACCCAGUUGCAGCGAUGGAAAGUGGACACCUCUGCUGGUGAGGAAGUUGGGCUAGUUAGCCUGAAGACACUUCCUUAUGGAAAUUACACAGUGCCCCUUCUCAUUGAGGAUCAGCAAGGCAUAACUGGAGAGGACAGUGUGGUCAUAAUGGUGUGUGACUGUGAAGAGGGAGAGGUAUGUCACCGUAAACAGCUCUCAACGAGUCUGGGACCAGCUGGCAUUGGACUGAUCCUAGCAGGAUUGCUGUUAUUUUUAGGACUGUUAUUCCUCUUGGUGUGUGAGUGUAAAGAAAAGUUCAUGCACUUGUCCGAGGUACAACCAGAUGAAGGCCACCAGACCUUAAUUAAGUACAAUCAAGAAGGAGGUGGUGCUGAAUGCAAGACUGCACCAUCUUUGCUGCUGACACCAACAAAGGAUAUGGCUAUGACCUUUGCUAAUGGACAAAAGCGGGGCACCAUGCAGAUCACCAAGAUGGCUCCAGUAAUGACAGAAGAUGUUGAUACUUACAAUUCAGGACUUACUCUGAUGAACUCUGACAUGGCCUCACUGGGCCAGCAAUAUCACCGAGACACUUUCAAGGGCAACAAGGGACACACAAUGUACUCCACAUCGGCUGCAAACAAGGCUAACACCUACCAGGGAGGCUCCUCAUGGUCUCACACAUCAGGCAGCUUACUGUCUAGUCAGAAUAUUUCAGAUCACCUCAACAGGAGACUCCACAUGAUUGACGGAAACCAUGCGGACCACCCACAAUACCAACCCCAUGAGUAUGCCUAUGAAGGAGAGGAGAGCAAAUGUCAGUCACUGGAUGAACUGUCUUUUGGCAACUUGGGAGAGGAUUUUCACUUUCUGGAUGAUUUGGGACCAAAGUUUAAGCACUUGGGUUGCAUCUGCAACCAGAUAAUACAAGAAAAAGGCAUCCAGCUUUAAAAGGACAAUAGUGGCAAAUUACCGGUAUUUGUUUAAAGCAACCAGGAAGUACGGACUUAUCUUACAGCAUUUUGAAGAAGUCAUUUAACCAAAAUGAUCCAUUUUGGACUUUUAGCAUUGAAUGCUCUAAUAAUUGUAUCCAGUGCCAUGAAAACACUAAAUUACCUUAAUGUCUCCAUUACUUUAAAAUGAACUUGAUGUUUAUUCAUGACAAAAUCUUUAAGUAAUAGUAGUAGGAAGCAUUUUUUCUACGCAUUAAAGUCUUUAUACUAUCUUCUUGUAAAUAUUAAAACAGUUUAAAUUGUACUGUAAUGUGUGUUUGAGGUGUCUGCCACAUUGCAUCAUGUCUUGCUCCAGACAGUUUGUUUCUCGGAACAUUAUCAUACAUUUUUCUACUUGACUGUGGAAAAUGCAAUAGGAGUUUAUUCUGACAAAUAUGUUUUACGUCCUGACAGAGAUCAAAUUGGUAUGAUGGUAAUCAGUGGCCUUUUAAUAAACUGGUGAAAAGGUGUUGGGACCAAUGCCUUUUGAUGGUGAUUAUUAAGAACAGCUAUCAGUUAUGCUUUGGUUUAUAGUUGGAAUUUAUCACGCUUAAUUUGGGCUCCACCGUGGACAAGUGGUUAACCUGUUGGCCUUAUAGUCAGGAGAUUGAACAUUCAAAUCUCCUUUUGGGCAUGUUUUCCCUGUGCAUGAGUGAGUACUCUGGCAUCCCAAAAACAUUGCGUGUUAGGUUAACUGGAGACUUGUGUGAAUUUGAGUUUGUGUGCGCCUUGCCAGUGGCUGGUGACCAGUCCAGGGUGUACCCCGCUUGUCACCUGAAGGCAGCUGGGAUGGGCUCCAGCUCAACCGUGACCCUAAGGAUAAUAAGCAGUAUGAAAAAAGCCUGAACGAGUAAUUCCCUUUGACACUGGCAUGCAACAAGACCAACCAACGGAUUAUGUUGAGGGUGAGGCCCUGGAAAGUGGCAUCAUGAACACCACCAUGUGAGAAGGGCACAAUGUUUUUUUUAAUAACCACAUCAAUUCAGCGCAAGUGACCCAAAUCGUGAGCACUUAAAACUAACAUCAACACAUCAGCAGCUUUUGUGAAGGUGUGAAAGCUACAUGUCAAAAUGAUGUCCGUGUCAUGCCGUUUGACUACGUGCUGUGACAAGACAACGUUAAACGUUAUUUUCUCACUAAUCCGUAUGUAAACUGUGAUUGAGUAAUGUAGCUGAGGACACAAAGGAAGUAGUACAAGUAUGAAAAUGUAUUAGUGCUGCUCAGUAAGAAAAGUAAGACUGAACGUAUGCACUGUCGGCACUGGAAUCAAACCCAAUUUUCUGCCCUGUUUGUGUCCAUUUUGAAUUCACAACGACGGCAAAAUUGCUACAACGUUUUCUUCAUGAAUUCACACAGCAAUAUAGAAUAUACAGUAAUCCCUCGCCACUUCAUGCUUCCAAUUUCGUGGCUUCACUCUAUCGCGGUCAAAAAUAUAUGAAUAAAUAAAUGAUGCUGUUCCAUGGUUGAAUACACACUAUUAUUUGUCAAAAAUAUGCAUACUUUGGCAGGAUGGUUAAUAAGCCAUAUGUCCUGAUAUCACUAACGAGCACAGUUACUUGUAAUCUUAAUGUAAUCUUACAAGUUCCGUUUCAUUUCUAUGAAAAUGUUAUGUAUUUUUUUUGGCAUAAAUUAAGCAUUUUCAAGUAUAAAAAUGGCUAAAUGAAUUUAAAUAUAAACAUAAGACAUUCAGAAGACGCAUUCAAAUACGUUUGAUUCUACACUGGUCACUGAUCAUUAGGUGUCAGUAAUGUUACUGUAAUGUUCGGUGAGACACACAAGCACCAGACUUGACAACUGGAAAAACAGGCUUUUAUGGCAGGUUUGAAUUAUCUCACCACAGGCAAAAUAAUCCCCAAUAAAAAUUCCUAAGAAAAACAGCUUGCCGUAACCUACGCCAAGCUGAAACUCAACUCGGAACUCCCAAAGUCACUUCCUGUCCGCCCGUCACUCACCUCCUCUAGAACCGGAACACAUUUAUUCAGAAUGGCCUUUACUCGUCACUUAUUCAGAGGUAUAAGUGAAUGAUGUUGGAUGUUGAAUGAGUUGGAUGGCAUUCCUUCUUUUGGCCACUGACUGCUGGGGUGUGAGGAACUCACGAGUUCUCUCUAAGGAGGUAAAGUUGUCUUUUCUUUUUUGGUUAAAGUAUGUUUGAUAUGUUAGAGCUUUCCUUUAAUUAUCUCAUUCUUUGUUGCAUUGAUGUUCUUAUACUACUUUAUUCAUCUGUUUAGUAUAUUUGAUGUGUUCAAUAUUUAACAUUGUAUGUUUGUUUUUAUAGAGGUGUUGUUCUCCUUUGUUUUGUAACAUUUUGGGAAAUAAACGUUUAAAACUCUGUCGAACUGCUUGUCUUGCCAUUCUUUGGAAUGGUGUGAGACAACCCUCACACACGGCGGGAGUGUGACGUUACAGCACACCUGCACAAGUUACUGAGAGCCACACAAGAGCUGCAUCUAAAAUUCUACCUUAACAAAUUUUCAUUGUCUCAGU